UGUGCAGCUCCUGACAUCGAUAGCAUCUGUUGUUAAUUAAAUUUUAGUUUACGAUUAAAAUACAUUUGCAUUUAGAGGAUAUUGUCGGUGCAACCGAAGCGAAUUACAAGUGGCGAAAGUGGAAAUUGGCAGGAGAGGAUGUUUCCGGAGGCGUUUGUCCUGCUGCUGCUGCUGGCACUAAAUGCCGGCUCGCCGCUGGGCAAGGAUGACGAACGAUUCCACGAGGAGCUGGUGGUGCGCCCGCUGGCCGGCGACCAUGUCAACACCUACUUCCAGUUCACCACGCGCUGGCACUACGGGGAGAAGGAUAAUCUUUACCACACCCAACUGACGCCCCGUGUGAUUGCGGAGCUGCUGCAGCAGUUCGCGGUGAAGGAGCUGCACAUCGGACUCACGCAGGGCCUGUGGCGCUACGAGACGUGGGGCUAUCCCAUUGUGGAGGCCACCAGCGGCGCCGAGAUGUGGGCCUGGUUCAGUGGCGCAAAUUUAACCAACAGCGAGGUGGAUCGCCAGUGGAAGGAGCUGGCCAACGUUUUCUCCGGCGUUCUCUGCGCCUCACUAAACUUCGUGGACCAAACGAACAGCAUAGCACCGCGUCACCUGAUUCGUCCGCAAUUUAUGCCCGCCAAUGGCAAGAGAUUCGUUCGCUACUCCACUUUGCCGCGGGAGAUUGUGUGCACUGAGAAUCUGACGCCCUGGAAGAAGCUACUCCCCUGCGGCAGUGCCUCUGGCUUUGCUUCGCUUUUAAACUCCGGUCAUGUGCACAAUACCAAGUACCAUUCGCUGGGCUUGAAAGUCCGGGUGCUUUGCGAGGAUCACGACGAGGACAAUUGCAUUGUGGAGCUCACGCAAACGGCCAAUUUGGUCUACGAUCUGCGCCUGUUCGAGCUGAGCAACACGGACUUCUCGCUGCGCCGCCUGUUCGGCAUGGGACUGAACGGCUUCUGUGAGCUGGCCGAGAGCUCCAAGCUGUAUGUGCAGCGCAGCGAGCAGGGCGAGCGCUUCCAGCUCGUUCCGGCGGCGGAGCAGGAGGUAAAGAGCACCCGUGGUGGCCAUAGUGUCACCUAUUCGGUGUACGACAUGCAUGAGCAGUUUAAGGAAGCCGGCGAGCGGCUUUUCAAUGUGGCCUGGCUUUCGCCAAAGAGCGAUUCGCAUCGCAGGCGCAAUCUGGCCAAGCCUUCGCUGCCCCCAGUGACCGUUCAUCGGUAUCUCCUUGGAAACGGUCAGGAAAGGGGCAGAAUUUGCACGGAGGUAACCAAUUCGCACUACGAUGCCUUGCCCAUUUUGGUGCAGGAGGUGAUACCUUGGUAUGUGCACGCCUAUCUGCAUACGCUAACCAUCCGCCGGAAGCCGCAGCGUUUGAAUGAGUACGCUCGCCAGCGGCUGCCCUUCAAGCUGCUGCACUAUGCGCCUGGCAAGCAGCGGGAGUUGCCCUCCCACCUGGAAAUUGGCUUCAUGCUGCCUGGCCAAACAUCCGCCUUGAUCACCAUCGAUGUGGAUUAUCUGCUGCUCAAGUGGCUGGAGUAUCCGCCGGAUGCAAAUCAUGGCCAUUACAUUGGUGCAGCUAUUGUUUCGAGUCAACUGCCAAUGGGCAGGAACUACACUGCUCUGCCGCCGGAGGGGCAUCUGUUCGAGCAUUCGUUCAAUGCCACGCGACCCAGCUAUGUGCUCAGCUUGCACACGGAGGCGCUGAUUGUCUCGCUGCCCACGCCGGAUUUCAGCAUGCCCUACAAUGUGAUAUGUUUGGCCUGCACGGUGGUGGCUUUGGCCUUCGGGCCCAUCCACAGUGUGGCCACCAAGAUGAUCAUUGUGGGCCGUCAGGCGUCGGCGCCCAAGAAUUUCGUGAAGAAGAUCUUCAACAAGAUUUUCCGACGCAACAAGGCGAACAGCGAUGAGGUGGCUGCGGAAGGGGAAUCGCCUGGAAUCGCGAGAGCAGAAAGAUCGACUGGCGGACCGUCGGGUGACCAGCCGCUGCUGGAGGAUCUCGACGAGGAGGAGGAGGAGCAGGACUAGAGGAGAGGACACACACAAACAGCCGCGGGAGUCGUGAUAAGCCCCCACUGAUUAUUUUCCAUUUACCCCUCAGAUUCCAAUAAAAUACUAUUAUUAUACAUAUUUCUUUAGAAGAUCUUCGGGA